GAGAGAGAGAGAGAGAGGGAGGGAGAAAAAAAAGUACAAUGAGCAAAAGUGGCGAAUUCCGUGUAUGACGUGUUGCUUACGCCACUCCGGGGGCUCACCCUGGCACAUCCAAAGAGUCGUUCAUAUGCACGUGCGACAUUUUCUAUGUAUAUAGAUAUAGAAAUUACCAGCAGGCGAGCCAGCAGCAGGAAUCUCGAGUUCCUCGUUGUGCGUCACUAUAUAUAAAUGUGUGUAUCUGUGUGUGUGUGUGUGUGUGUGUGUGCUGCAAGUGUUUUCAGUCAUUUGAAAGGGCGCAUGCCUGACCGAAAGAGGGAAUUGAGAGGUACAGAGGGGAUGGGAUCAAGAGGAAUGGAAGCAGCAACGUUGAGCGGAGCAAGGAAAGAAGCCAGUGGCUUAUUGGGCACCCCCUCGCUAUUGGCCCACUGAACAAACCGAACCCUGGUCAGUUGUGCGACAAGUCCACCCUGUAACCGCACGAUUAUUCUCCACGGGGUGUUUUUUAUUUUUUUUUUCCUCUCCCGAAAGGCUUGAUUUUGCUUUACGCAAAAAAAAAGCAACAAGCCUCAAGACUUUGGUUUUUGAAAUAUUACCAAUAUUUCGAUAUUUAAAAAGAAAUAUUCAAAUACCGUGGUUUUAAUAAUAACAACAAACCCGUGGUUUUAAAUAAAUCUCAAUUUUAAAUUGAUUUUUUCUUUUUUUGUUUUGCAAAACUUGUUUUGUUCGUUCCGCAUAUAUAGAGCCGGGUCGGUUAGUGUGUUUGCCAGGAUCGAAGACCCACGCGGGAUAUGGAGACCACCUGAGGCAAUCCCUCGCUCUGCAAAGGACCCCACCUUCCAGGAUCCUUUUCCCGUGGAAAGUGAAAAGAAAUUCCGAGGAUCGAAAAGUGCAACUGAAAAGUAGAAAGAGUGUGAUUGAGAUUGGCGCUAAGCUCUUAGGAUGGGCUGCAGAUCGGCAGCUGACACCAGGACGACGGAAGGGAGUGAUCGAGGGACGUCGUCUUGGAGGCAGGUGCAACUGUCUUCGGAAGGUGAUAGUCAAGACGAGGAGGAGGAGGAAGAGGAAGACGAAAAGGAGAAAAAAAAGAGACGGUGGUCAAGGAGUGGAAGGUCAGGUGUUGUUAGCACCAGGUGAGGAUGCAGAAAUUGCGCUCGACCUUCAAGAGGUCACGCACACCAACUGGCUCCGAAAUGAAGUCACAAUCCAGCCUUGAGGUGCCCAAGCAGGUUCGCUCCGCAUCAUUCGAUGAAAUUCAAUUGGAAGUGAAACGUCACGACGAGACUCGCGAUCUACGACUCGCCACAAGAACAUCCUCCUCAUCGUCAUCAUGUUCGCCCGUACGCUCUCAGGAUCCAUCAAGGAGACUCAACACCCUAAGGGUACCCCAACUCCAAAGUGGUCAGAGAUCAAAGAGUUUUGACGUUUGCGAAAGGAGUUUCUUUGCCGAACGUCUAAAUCGUAAACCCGAGACUCCAGUGAUACAAGUAUCGGGUUGCUAUCACUGUGCUUGCGUUGAAGAAUACAAAAGUCUCUAUCAAAGUCGUGAUGAUGACGAUUCAUCGCGUGAGGACGAGGAGGAAAUUGAAAUCAUUCAAAUCACCGGCGAUGAUGAUGAUGAUGAUCAUCAUCAUCAUCAUCAAGUCAGUGUCGAUGAUGAUGAAGGGGAGGCGAGCAGUGAUUCAAGAAGAGAGGGUAGUCCAGAAAUUCGAGUAACACUGAUGACAUAUUCGGAGAAAUUGUCAUCAGAAGGUGAGCCAGAAUUGGAGGCACUUGAAGUGACGGAAGGUUUACCUUGUAUGGAGAGGAGGAGAUCUUUUGGAAGACUGUCACGUCAGGAGGCGCUCACUUCAUUUCCAAUUGAAUUCCCAACUGUUAUUGGAUCAAAUGAUGAGGAUGACGAGGACGAUGAUGAUGAGGAUGACAAUGCCGAGGAGGACAAGAGUAAACUUGUUGUUAGGGAUAUUUUUCUCACUGUUCCCGAAUUGAAGAGGGAUCGCGCCGCAUCCGUUGAUUCGUGCUUCAACAAUACGAAAAAUGGAAAAAGCGACAAUUCCGAUUCGUUACUUGUGCCACAACAGAAUAUCAGAUCGAAAAGUGUGGACAUUGUUCUUCCAACGGAUAUUCAAACCAGAUACACGGCUCUUCUUCCUGGGAAUGAAGCAUUGAGAGGUGGGAGAGAGGAUGGUGGAUCAAGUAGUAGUCACAAAGAACCGCGAUCAACUCCCGACUGGGGUCCUGCUGCAGUUAACGGAGAACAUCUUUGGGCACCAACCGCAGCAUCCGGGGAUUUAUGUUACGUGAACGACUGCUCUAAACACGGACCACGAAUGAAGUGCGCAGCGUGUAGAGUUGUCACCCACGUGCUUUGCUUUGAGCACUUGAACUUCGCCUGUAAGUCGAGUUUUCGUGAUGUUGGAGUGAGACAAUAUCGUGAACAAACACAAACCCAACAUCAUUGGGUGCAUAGACGAUCACAAAAGGGUAAAUGCUCCAAUUGCGGCAAAUCAUUCCAGUCAAAACUAAGUUUCUCUUCAAAAGAGAUUGUUGCUGUGAGUUGUAGUUGGUGUAAGACUGCCUAUCACAAUAAGGAAUCAUGUUUUAAUGUCGAUCGUGUUGGAGAGAAUUGCGAACUUGGCACAAAUUCAUCGAUUAUUGUUCCACCCUCAUGGAUAGUGAAAUUACCUAAAAAGGGUAGCUUCAAAAGUAGUCUACGUAAAUCGCCACGUAAAAAAAAAUCAGCUGGAAGUUCUGCUGGUGCCUCGAGUCGAAGAAAAACUAAGGACAAAGAGAAGGAGGAAAAGGAUAAGGACAACAAGGACGAUAAGGAGAAGAAUGAAAAGGAGAAGGAGCAAAAAUUUUGGAUCAUCAAGCCCAUUCCAACAACCACCGUUAAACCAGUUAUUGUCUUCAUAAAUCCCAAGUCUGGUGGGAAUCAGGGUUCGAAACUUUUGCAAAAAUUCCAAUGGCUUCUAAAUCCACGACAGGUUUUUGAUCUUACCCAAGGAGGACCAAGAAUGGGAUUGGAACUAUUUCAAAAGACGCCGAAUCUACGGGUUCUCGCAUGCGGUGGCGAUGGUACUGUCGGUUGGGUACUGUCAAUUUUGGAUCAAAUUGGUGUGAAUCCAUCGCCAGCGGUGGGCGUAUUACCCCUGGGCACUGGAAACGAUCUCGCUAGGGCACUUGGCUGGGGUGGUGGCUACACCGAUGAACCAAUAAGUAAAAUUUUAAGCAACAUUGGCGAGAGUGAAAGCACCUUACUGGACAGAUGGCAAUUAGAUGUGGAGAGAAAUCCGGAUGCGAAGGGUGACGAAGACGCAAGCAAGGGCAAGGAGAAUCUUCCCUUGAAUGUCGUUAACAACUAUUACUCCCUUGGGGUUGAUGCUCACAUUGCUCUUGAAUUCCAUGAGGCCAGAGAGGCACAUCCGGAGAGGUUCAAUUCACGAUUAAGGAACAAAAUGUUUUAUGGACAAAUGGGUGGUAAGGAUCUGGUGCGUAGAAAAUGGAAGGAUCUCUCGGAAUUUGUGACCUUGGAGUGUGACGGCACGGACAUGACCCCAAAAUUAAAGGAGCAUCGUGUUCACGCUAUCGUAUUCUUGAAUAUCGCUUCGUACGGCGGUGGAACACAUCCCUGGGGAGGUGGAAUCGGCAAAGAGCCAUCGACUGAUGAUGGUCUCAUUGAGGUCGUGGGUCUCACGACGUAUCAGCUUCCACUUCUUCAGGCCGGUGGUCAUGGGACAAGUAUUGCGCAAUGCAGUAAGGCCAAACUCGUUACCACAAGAACAAUUCCCAUGCAGGUGGACGGUGAGGCGUGUCGUUUAUUGCCAUCAAUCAUCAAUAUGAGUCUAUUGAAUAGGGCGACAAUGUUGGCCAAAAGAAGGAGUUCCGGUAAGCCGUAUGUUGCAAAAUUGGAGAGACUCAAGUUACCAGUGAUGAUGAUAAAGAUGUCAGACUACGAAACCUUCCAUUCUGAUAAGGAGAGACUGAAAAUGACUGCAAUUCAAUGGUUGGCUGAUCCACUCGAUUUAGAUGCCACUACUGAUCUUGAAUCCCUAAGGAAUCUAUUAGCCAAGGAUCAUCCCAUGGACACGUGUUGUUUCCUAGAUUCUUGUACAGCUGAAAGGUUCUUCAGGAUAGAUAAAGCUCAAGAGCAAUUGCAUUACGUUACGGACGUUGCUGUUGAAGCUGUUUACAUUCUUCAGGAAAAUUCCUCUCAUCAGGAAACGGGACACAAAUCACAGAGUGCAACGAAUUCACAACGAUUAGCAAGUGAAAGUCGGAUGAAAGUUAAUAGAACGGUAACGGACGAGAAGAUGCGUCCAGAUAGUAAAUCCCGUGAGGCAUCAAUUCCGGAACCGAUUUCAGAAAAUAGAUCAGUUUCGAGGCUGGAAUCGGUUUCGAAAAUUCGUGAGCAAAGUAGACAGGCGUCGAGGAAUUCCCAUCUUUCGACGACGAGGGAUUAUGAGAAUGAAGAUAGAUUUCCCCAAGGACCAUCUAAGCAGAGCUCCUCCAAGUCCUAUUUGGCUGCUGGUCAGUCGCACAAUUCAACUUCUUUCAUAAGUUCGCAGGAUAGACUGUUUAGUCUAGAUUCCGAGGUUCACAUGUUUCAUCCUGGACUGACGUCAAAGCCAAAUGACGCUGUGAUCCGAGCGGCAAAAAUGGGUGAUCUCCCCACUCUGAAGGCACUUCACAAUCAGGGAUUCUCACUACUGACAACCGAUGCAAAUGGCCAAACUGCCCUUCAUCUGGCUGCGUGCCUUGGUCACAGGGAUAUCGUCAGAUACCUCAUUGCUUGUGCUCCACCCUCAAUUAUCAAUAUGACUGAUAAUGACAAGGGACAAACUGCCCUUCACAAAGCAGCCGAGAGCAAAUUUCGUUCAAUUUGCUGCAUGUUAGUAGCAGGCGGUGCCAAUUUGACUCUUCAGGAUCGAAAAGGCAAUCUACCAAGGGACAUCGCUAUAAGUGCCGAUGAUCGUGAACUUGCCGCUUAUCUUCAUAGUCAAGAACAAUUCCAAAUGGUAACUGGAGACGUGGACAAUCUUCCAUGACCUCGUGAAGUUUGCGCGCGAGCGUAAACGGAAAAAAAUUUUCAAAUCGUGUGAAGAAUAAUUAGUAUUAGAAAAAAAGUAAGAAAAAAAAUUUUUCGACUUUUUUUUUUCUUCUAAUACGUCGCAUUAAGUCAAAAGGAAAAAAAAAUCUUUUACUAUGUGACGGGAUAAUCGUGAUAUUCCGAAUUCUUAGAUAAAAAUUGCAAUCGCUCUUUUUUGUAGGCUAUUUGAAAAUAGCAAAAACAAAAACGUUCUCAACGUUUGUUGGUUAAACCAAAAAUGAAAAAAAAAAAUUAUUGCGCAAUGCCAAGAAAUCGUUAUAUUGGCAAAAUUUUUCUUUUUCUCAUUCUCACAAUGAACAAUACUUAUCACGUGGAAAAAUCUGGGCUCAUUUUUGUCGCAACUCAAAUUGAGUAUUAAAGUAUUAAAAAUUUUCAGAAUUUUAGGUUUUUCUGUUGGGGAAAAUCACUCAUGAAGAGUGAUUUCAAUUUGAAAUUUUUAACAUAACCUUAAAAAAAAAGUCAAUUCAAGAAGAAUUUGUUUAGAAGAAAAAUACGAAAAUUUAUUUAUAUCAUACAUAGUUCAUUUUGAAAGAAAUCUAUGCUCAAAAUGAAUCCAGGUUUUUUCUGUGUUGUCACAAUUUCUAAUGUCUUGUUUGCAGAAAAAAAUAAUUGAUAUUUUCUUUUUAGUGGAAUUUUGAUUACAGGGGGACAAAAGAAAAGUUUUGUUUAAACAAAUUCGAGGGUAGAAUUUACAUUUUUUAUUCUAAAUUCUCAAAUUAUUAAUAAAUCAGAAAUUUUUCUCUAAUGUAGAAUUCAAAAAAUUGUGGUAAAUGGAAAGUGUCAAAAAGAUCUUCAAUAUUAUUAAAGUAGAUGGAGAAUUACAAAAAUAUUCACCAAAACUUUGUAGUUAAAUUUUCAAUCAUUGAUUAAUUAUUACUCUAAUCGAAAAUUCAAUUAUUCUCGAUUUUUUGAGAAACUGUAAUAUAUAAAUCCCACUAAGAAGAUCAUAUUCUUUUAAAGACCUAAAAAAAUGUUCAACUGAACAAUAAAAUCACAUUUUUACUAAAAAGCACCAAAAGUUAAUUAGAAAUCGAACAAAAAUGUAUUUAUCUCAAUGAAUUUUUAUAAAUAAUUCACCAAAACAAAUUUUAACUGCACCAAAACAAAAAAAAAUUGUUUCCAAAAAUUCUGAUAUCAAGGAAAAAACUUUUAUUUUCGAACAAAUGUCUGUCUCUCUCUCUCUAAUCCUAUUUUUGGGGAUUCGAUAUAGAAGUUCGUUGGUCAUUUCGAAUUGAAAAAGUGAACCAAAAGAAAAUCUACAAAGUUGGAUGAAAAACAAAUAGUUGGAUAGAAAAAAAGUAUUAAAAAAAAUGUACAUUGGAUGAAAAAAAAAUUAAAUAUCCUUUCCUUAAAAAAGAAAGGAUAUACAUAGAAUUUACAUAUGUCUAUUUGCUAGUUAUUAAAAAUGAAGUUUAAUGGAAGAAAUUAAAAAAAAGAGAGAAAAUUAUUCGGAACCAAAAAGAAAAACAUGGGGAUCAACGUACUAACACCAAUUAGUUCUUAGAGGGCGGUCUAUCGCCACUACUAUUAUUACUAUUGCUAACUAAUCAAUCUAAUUAAGAGUACUAUUUAUUAUCAGCCUACGUAGGGAAUCGUGCAAGUAAUUUCCAAAUGUCCUAUAUAAAUAUAUAUAGAGAUAAAUAUUUAAAAUAAUUGUUUUUGUGACAAUUCGACGAAAUGCAGACUGUAGGGGGUUUUAUGCUAUAAUUAUUAUCUUUAAAUCUCUAUAAUAAGACCAACGAACGCAGAAUGAAGGGGGAAUUAUUAUUUUUCUUUUUUUUUUCUUUCCUUUUCCACGAAAGUGCAUCGCAACACUCUCGUUAAUUACUGUAAUUAGCGUACAUUUCAAUGCCACAAUUGUACUUAGGAAACUAGAGUGAAGCGUCGAUGUCUCUCGUUUUUCAUUUAUAUCAAAUAUUCUCCAGGAAAACGAUGCAAAACUUUUUCAAUUGGUUCAUUAAAAAUGUUAUUAUUUUAUUAAUUACAGUUAACUGUUUGAAAACAGAUAAUUAAUUUUAUAAA